AUGGCUGCACGCUUUUUUCAGAGAUCGGGUGCCGGUCUGUCUGCCAACAUCGGGCUCACGGUCAUCAAUGAUUUGUCUUUCGAGCACGAGAGGGGCUUCCGCGUGGGUCUGUUGGCAAUGUCUGCGAAUAUCGGAACAGUUCGAGCCGUGGAAUUGGCACUCUGUCGAAUGAUCGGCUUCUCUGGCGACGGCAGCACUUCCGAUCAAUCCCAGGAGUUAGACAUCCCAAGCACUGGGAUGCAGUCCUAG